AUGUGUGAGAUCAAGGAUGCAUCAACUAGCUUUGAGAUCGUUCACACCACCGCCGGAUGUUUAGAGAUAGUUGCAAACUGUGAAGGAUAUAAUCAGAUCGGAUUUAACUUCGGAGGGCAGGAAUGGGGCUUUCUGACGUGGACAGAGAAUUUAUUCCAAUUACGCGAUAUACGUCUGAUAUGCAAUGAUAACGGUGAUUGGGUAAUCAUCAUUGGCGAAAGUGCAGCAACUCCAGUUGAAAAUCUGAUUUGUUUGAAUUUUUUGGGUUAG